UCGUAUUCAAUAAGCUUUAGAAAAACCCUGGCAGUUGUACCUUUAGGAAACAUAGCAGGCUGUUGAGGGAUUGAUCGAGAUGGGUUGCGGAGGCUCCAAACUCCGUUCUCCGAAUUUGAAAGAUUCCUCUCCUGAUGCAGGGCCAGUUUCUAAACUUACGAAAAAGCAAACGGCAACUACGUCGCCUGCUAAGGCGACCGAUAACAAAAGUGCCCCCGCUCCUCCCAAUUUCCCUAACUUGUCGCAACAUAACAACUGGAUGGCAAAAUGUCUUACACCUGAGAUCUAUGGGCGACUGUGUGACAAGAAGACCCCGGGUGGAUUCACUUUGGACGCAGCGAUUCAGACAGGUGUUGAUAACCCCGGCCAUCCCUUUAUUAUGACGGUCGGUUGCGUCGCCGGAGAUGAAGAGUCGUAUGAUGUCUUCGCGGAUCUUUUUGACCCAGUUAUUGAGAAGCGACACGGAGGCUUCAAGAAAACAGAUCGCCACAAAACCGACUUGAAUUCCGCCAAUCUGAUUGGUGGACAACUUGAUGAGAAGUACGUUCUAUCGUCUCGCGUAAGGACUGGGCGCAGCAUUAAGAAUCUGGGCCUGCCGCCCCAUUGUACAAGAGCUGAGCGGCGCAAAGUUGAAUCCCUCGUCACCGAGGCUUUGGAUUCGCUUGAUGGCGAAUUGAAAGGGAAGUAUUACCCAUUGGCAAAGAUGACAGAUGCAGAACAAGAGCAGCUCAUAGCAGACCACUUCUUGUUUGACAAGCCUGUGUCUCCUCUUCUGCUCGCAUCCCGAAUGGCACGAGACUGGCCGGACGCCCGCGGGAUCUGGCAUAAUGAGAAAAAGAACUUUCUUAUCUGGGUCAACGAAGAAGACCACACUCGAGUCAUUUCGAUGGAGAAAGGCGGAAAUAUGAGGAGUGUUUUCGAGCGCUUCUGCAAUGGACUGAACAAAGUUGAAGAUGCUAUUAAAGCCAAGGGGUACGGUUUUAUGUGGAACGAGCAUUUGGGUUACGUUUUAACGUGUCCAUCUAAUCUUGGGACAGGACUGAGAGGAGGGGUACACUUGAAAAUCCCGCUUCUUAGUCAAAAGCAAGAAUUUGCCAGCAUCCUGGAGAAACUUCGCCUCCAGAAGCGUGGCGUCGGUGGGGUGGACACGGCAGCGGUCGGAGGAACGUACGACAUUUCCAACGCGGACCGACUGGGAUCUUCGGAAGUAGAGCAGGUGCAGUGUGUUGUGGAUGGAGUCCGUCUGUUAAUUGAAAUGGAAAAAUGCCUUGAGGCUGGAAAUCCUAUCGCCAGCCUCUACCAAGAGCUCAUGUCGGGUAAACACGCCAGAGACAUUGCUGACCAAGCUGGGAAUAGAGGAAAUGAAACGAAGGAGAUAGAUAACUUCCCUGAUCUCUCAACGCACAACAACUGGAUGUCCAGGUGUCUGACAAAAGAAAUUUACGACAGGCUCUGCGGUCUCAAAACACUAUCAGGUUACACCCUCGACCAAGCCAUACAAACAGGUGUGGACAAUCCUGGCCACCCGUACAUCAUGACCGUGGGCUGUGUGGCAGGUGACGAAGAAACUUACGAUGUAUUCGCCGACCUUUUUGACCCAGUGAUAGAGGGGCGCCAUAACGGAUACAGCAAGGACGCACUUCAUAAGACAGAUCUGAAUCCUAACAAUCUUAUUGGAGGAGAGGAUCUGGACGAUGAAUUUGUACUCUCCUGCAGAGUGAGGACUGGGCGUAGCAUCCGGGGUCUGACAUUGCCACCUUACUGCACCCGUGCAGAACGACGGGAAGUUGAGAAGAUUGUGGUGAAGGCGUUGGACUCGCUGAAAGGAGAUUUACAAGGAAAGUACUACCCCCUGAACAAAAUGACCCCAGAGGAGCAGGAUCAGUUGAUAGAAGAUCAUUUCCUAUUUGAUAAGCCAGUUUCACCUUUGCUGCUGUCUGCUAAGAUGGGCCGUGAUUGGCCCGAUGCCCGCGGGAUCUGGCACAAUGAUGAGAAGACAGUGUUGGUGUGGGUAAACGAGGAAGAUCACACCCGCGUCAUAUCUAUGCAAAAGGGCGGGAACAUGCGAGAGGUUUUCACUCGAUUUUGUAAAAGUCUUAAAGAGAUCGAGAAUGCCAUGAAAAAUGAAGGCAAAGAAUUUAUGUGGAAUAAACAUCUCGGGUUUGUGCUCACAUGUCCUUCUAACCUCGGCACGGGCCUGCGCGCUGGCGUGCAUGUCAAGCUUCCAUCGUUAUCGAAAGACGCAAACUUUGAAGAUGUCUUGAAGAAGCUGCGACUUCAGAAGCGUGGUACAGGAGGCGUGGACACUGCAUCUACUGACGGCACAUUUGACGUGUCUAACUUGGACCGUCUGGGAUUCUCUGAGGUGGAACUUGUUCAGAAAGUUGUCGAUGGCGUCAAGCUUCUCGUUCAGAUGGAAAAGCGACUCAUGGAAGGGAAAUCUAUUGAGGAUUUGCUACCCAAAUAAAAGAGACUUCCAUUUUAAUUUUCCUGAGGACUUUGAAAGGCCUUGAAUAUUUCUUUUUAAAGGUUAUGUGUGUUUUUUUUACAGAAUAACAGUCUGGACGUCAAUAUUUACUUUUAAACCGUGCAAAUACCGUAAGAUUUACUGUGAUAUAUUUGAGCUGACAAUCAAGACGUUGCUAUCCUUAAAUAAGAAGAUGUCUAGAUAAGAGACAAUAUGCACUGUUAACAAUACCGUUGAUCAAUUCAUACUAUAUAUAUCAAUAUCACAAUACAGUGUAUAUAUAAUUCAUUCAACGUUCAAAAUACGAUGUAUUCUUCAGGGUAAGAAAAACACAAGGAACAAGAAUAUAACAAGAGUUGCUAGAAACCAAGACAUUAAAACUUGGCUUUUUAUAUUCA